UUCUUUCUUUCUCUCUCUCUAUUUUCUUCAACCUUUUUGGUAGCUUCCAAUCCAAAAAUAAAGCAUUCCAAACAAAGGAAAAAGUGUAAUCAAACAUCUUUCUCUCGCUCCUCAAUCAUUUCUGCGAGCCACCACAGUGGCUGAGGAUCUGAAACCGAGAUUGAGGAGCAAAAAGAAAAAGAAAAAAGAAAAAAAAAACAGAAAAGAGAAGUGUGGAUCUUUUCGUCAUCUGGGUUCACUGUCUUUUUCAGGAGGAGAGAGUGAAAAGGAACAAGUUGGCAAUUUGUUCCCAUCUUUUGCGCAGAGAAAAAAGGAAACAAUCUCUGUUGGGUAUUUUUUUUUGUUGUUGUUUUUCUUUUGUAGAGUUCCUUUUGAUUCUGAAAACGGCUCAGUUUUGGAAAGAGUUUCUGGUUUUUGAUGGGGGCUUGUUGGAGUAACCGUAUUAAGGCUGAAAGUCCUUACCAUACUGGGUUUAAUUCUAAAAGCACGAACUCGAGUGGCAAAUCCUCAUCGUUUUCAGCACCGUUAACUCCUAGAAGCGAGGAUGAUAUUUUGCGGUCCCCUAACAUAAAGAGCUUCAGCUUCUCUGAACUCAAAACCGCCACAAGAAAUUUCCGUCCCGACAGUGUGCUGGGGGAGGGUGGUUUUGGAUCUGUUUUCAAGGGUUGGAUUGACGAGCAAUUGCUGACAGCUGCGAAGCCCGGGACUGGAAUAGUAAUUGCUGUGAAGAGGCUUAACCAAGAAGGUUUCCAGGGUCACAAGGAAUGGCUGACAGAAAUCAACUAUCUGGGACAGCUACAUCAUCCUAAUCUUGUCAAGUUGAUUGGUUACUGCCUUGAGGACGAACACCGGCUUUUGGUGUAUGAAUUCAUGCCCAAGGGAAGCAUGGAGAAUCACCUUUUCAGGAGGGGUUCUCACAUUCAGCCGCUUUCUUGGAGUCUGCGUAUGAAAAUUUCACUUGGUGCUGCAAGGGGCCUUGCCUUUCUCCACGGAGCUGAGACACAAGUCAUAUAUCGUGACUUUAAGACUUCUAAUAUUUUGCUCGAUUCGAACUACAACACAAAGCUGUCUGAUUUUGGCUUGGCCCGGGAUGGGCCAACGGGUGAUAAGAGCCAUGUAUCUACUAGAGUCAUGGGAACCUAUGGAUAUGCCGCACCAGAGUAUUUAGCCACAGGUCAUCUUACUACCAAGAGCGACGUAUAUAGUUUUGGAGUCGUUCUUCUAGAAAUGUUGUCUGGACGACGGGCUAUAGACAAGAACCGACCAACUGGACAACACAACCUGGUGGAGUGGGCAAAACCAUACCUCACCAACAAACGCAGACUUCUUCAUGUUAUGGAUGCUCGUCUCGAAGGCCAGUACUCUCUUAGUUUGGCCCAAAAGGCGGCCAACCUUGCACUCCAAUGUCUUGCUAUAGACUCCAAGUACAGGCCAAACAUAGAUGAGGUGGUAACAACACUAGAGCAGCUCCAGGAUUCAAAGGACAUUUCAAAAGGUGCUCAUAAUGAGACGCGCAAAUCCAGCAGAAGUAGCGCGGCGGAUAGUUCUAAAAAAGUCGCUACUUCUUAUCCUCGGCCAUCUAAUUCUCUGCUUUUCGCUUAGGAGGGGGCGCUUUUUUUUAGUGUCUUUAUGACUUGAGAGAGACAUUAGGCAGAUUGUCAAGAGUUUGAGAAUUCGAGUUCAAGCAUUGUAUUGUGGCAAAGAUUGUUCUUGUAAUGUAUAGUUCUUGCUUUAGUUUUUGUAUGUAAGUAAGCCAACGUUUUUCAGAGUGCUUCUCAGAGCUAAAAACAUACAAAUUUCUGAUAUGUGCUUGAAGAUUAUUUAUUGCACUUGAAAAUGAGAAAAUUUAGUUAGUCAA